AAUCCUUGUUGGUGCAACCCACCUUUUGUAUGUUAGUUGUAAUUGUGCAUGGCCAGCACGAUGAUCAGCACAGGCAGCUUUACUCUCCUCGUGCUCUGUGGACUGAUGAUGGUGGUGAUUGCAGGAGAGACAGAAGUGAGAAGUAUCAGGAAUGUGACGUACAUGCACGCUUGUCCUUAUAGCUGGUUUCAUUAUGGUACCCGAUGUUUUAGAUUUGUCCACACAGCAAGAACUUGGGCUGAAUCUGAGCAAUACUGUGUAAUGAUUGGAGGGAAUCUGGCCUCGGUACACAACAAAAAGGAGUACAAUUUCAUCAAGGAUCUAGUCCGCAGACACACUCACGACUCUCGUAUUACCUGGAUUGGAGGAUACGAUGCUCUUCAGGAGGGCCUGUGGCUCUGGAGUGAUGGGUCUAGGUUUGAUUACACUCACUGGUAUCCUGGUGAACCUAAUAAUUAUGGAAAACGUGAACAUUGUCUGGUAAUCAAUUUUAAAGAUCUACGGGGUUGGAAUGAUGGCCAGUGUUCAGACAGGUUUUCAUCAGUGUGCUCAAGAUAUCCAUGAGUAAGAUUGGUGAGGGGGUGGAUGAGUUCUAGCCUGGAAAAACCCAAACUCAUUCACGAAGUAAAUAGAGUCUGGUGACUCAAGAUUG